AUGACUCAAGCCAGAAGGCAUCAAGCCUUUAGCGCACAGCAAAAGAAACAACAACUUCAAGAUAAACGGAAAAAGAAGAAGGAAAAGGAGGAAAGGAAGGAUGAAAUGUAUGAUUGGUCCAAAUGGAAGGAAGUUAGUUAUAAUGACAAAGGAGAGAAUGAAGAUCAUGAUGUUGAUCAACAACAACAUGUUGCAACAAUGAACAUUCCGAAGGCGAAUCCUUUGGAAAGAAUGGGUGAAUCGUUUGAAGAAGAGCCUGAAAUGAAUGUUGAAGAUGAUGCUGGAAGCUCUGAUUCAUCUUCGGAAGAGGGAGACUCGACAUCAUCAGGAGACGAAACAACUGAUAAACAAGAUCGAGAAUAUACAUCCAUGGUCACAUCGGAAUAUAAGCUGAAAACUAAAUUUGCAAAAGAAAGUGAGGAUAUUAUACAGAAAAGAAAGAUGGAAAGCUUACGACCAUUGGAACCUUAUUUAAGCCGUCCACCAAAGUUCAAGUCACUCCAAGCCGAGGUGAAUGAAGGAUUUUCAAUGAUUCCUAUGCCAAUUCAGCCACCGAUUACUCCUGGCAUGACAAAAGAACAAGUCGAGCGGAUGGAAGAAAAUUACUUUAAGAAAUAUCUUAGUGAACAAAUUUAUGGAAAAUACAAGCAAGAGGAUUUGAAUUACUUUGAAGAGAACGUACAUGUUUGGAAGCAGCUGUGGAAAACCAUUGAAUUGUCAGAUAUUCUUUUUGUGGUUGCCGACAUUAGACAUCCACUUUUUCAUUUCCCUCCUUCUCUGUAUGAUUACAUCACCAACGUUUUAAAGAAACCUUUCAUGUUAGUGUUAAACAAGUGUGACUUGAUUUCACAGGAGAAACAACAACGAUGGGCCAAGUGGUUCAAAGACAACUAUCCAAACGUGCAAGUGUGCUUAUUUACAAGAGGAACCGGCUCAGGUAAAAAAACAAAAAGUAAGGAGGUCAAAUUGGAGGAGCUUAAAAUCGAAAAAGGUUAUGCGAAGAAUAUUUGGCGAGUUGCCAAGUCUCUAUACGAAUCUUUCCACAUUGAAAAGAACAAAAAAAGCAAGGAGGAGGAGCAAGAGAUUGUUGCUCAGCUUGUAAAGGAAGAUUUUGAUGGUUUGAUGGCUGAUUGUGACAAAGCUGAGCUACCCACUCCAAAACCAAAAUUGAAAAUGAAGAAAAAAUUAAGAAAAGAGCGAGAGGCCAGAAAAAUGGGAAAUAUUCCUGCUGAGGAGGAAGAAGCAUCAAGUGAGGAGGAAGAAAAAAGUGACGAGAGCGAACAACAAAUUGAUUUAGAUAAGAGAUAUGACGGAUGUGUGAUUGGCUUUGUUGGACAUCCCAACGUAGGAAAGUCAAGUAUUAUCAACGCACUCACAGGAAAAAAGGUUGUUUCGACAUCGUAUACUCCUGGUCACACCAAACAUAUCCAAACUCUCUAUUUGGAAACCAAGAAUAAGAUGAUUCAAUUUUGUGAUUGUCCAGGAUUGGUAUUUCCUGCCGUCGGUGUCUCCAAAGCUCUUCAAAUUUUAUGUGGAAUUUAUCCAAUUAGUCAAGUGAGAGAUCCAUACAGCGUUGUUCGAUUUUUGGCUGAGAGAAUUGAUCUAGUGAGGCUUCUCAAACUGCAACAAGAUGAAUAUGACGCUGAAAAUAACAUUCCAUGGUCUGCAUGGACGUUAUCAGAGGCAUAUGCUCGAAAGAGAGGAUACAUGACAAAGAAAAAUGCACGACCUGAUGUGUACAGAGCUGCUAAUGAACUCUUACGUCGUGUCUUAAAAGGUGAUGAUCCAGCCUUAAUAUUAGCGUUUGAUCCCCCAGGAACAGAGAUUUCUAAAAACCAACAAGAUAGUAAUGCCUCAGCAAAUUCAUCCUCUGAUGGACAGACCAAUCAAAAAAAGAAGCAAAAGAAGAAGAAAAAUGAUGUAGAUUAUAUCAAAGAAUUGGAAAGAGACACAAUGAAUCUUUCUCUCGAUGAUGAACAGUAG